CUUGAGCACGGUAUCAACACGACACGUGGCGACUUGCUGUGGUGGGUUUUGAACCUCGGCCUCUGAAAUAAAAGCAGGAUGGUAUGUCGUUUCUGCUGGACUCACCUUACAGUCCGCCAUCUUUCAACCGUCACAUCCGGAGCCUCGUCCGCCAUGACCUCUACACGGGGUCACGGGAUGACCUCUACACGGGGUCAUGGAACGUCUCCCGUCCCACCCAGCAGGAGGGCGUGGUCCCGGGCACGCCCCGGGAGGGGGACCGGUCCAACUCCAGCGUGGAGAAGCUGCAGCAAGUCAAGAGCCUCACCCCGCUCCCCGACUGGGGGGUGGCGCUGGAGAGGUGGGGCGUCUGGUGGGAACUGCACGUGUACGGGUUCUCUGUCCUGUUUCUGAUCCUGACGGUGGUCAGCGCCGCCGUCUUCAUCCGCUUCCGGUUGCGGGUCCGGAAGUUGAAGAUUGUGUUCAACACGCUGCUGCUGCUGGCCACUUCCGGUCUGCUACGUGCGCUCUUCAUGCUGCUUGAUCCGUACGGAUAUAAAAGCCGGAUGCCGGAAUUAGUCGUCGGAAUUUUGACGCAGGGGGUGUAUCCCUUGUUUUGUGCCUGCUACGGUCUCACUCAGGUCAUGCUGCUCCGUGUGACCAAGGUCGACGUGGGCAACAGCAAGGUCAGGAGUUUGAGCUGGUUGAUGGGGUGCACCUUGACCUACCUGUUCCUCGUGGUCAUCAUUGAGUCCCUCGUCUCAUUCGAGCGCUCACUCAAGCUGCUGCUGCUGUUAGACAGCGGCUGUUUCAUAGCCUGGGCGCUGUACCUCAGUAUCACGUUCAUCUGUAGCGGCUUCAGACUCACACAGUACGCCACUGAGACCAAACGAGCACGCAAGGAGCUGAACGCCUUCAGCAACAACAGGCGGGGCAACACGAACGGGGCGACCACCCCCACUGACGCCAUCGGUCACGUGGAUUUCCCGGCCACCACACCCGACUCCCCGCCAUUUCCCGUCACACUUCCGGUAUGUGCGGAGAUCAACCCCGCCCCACCCCCACCCCACAAACCCAACAGCAACCUUCGUCUUUCCCGCCCAAAGCUCAAGAUCUCGGAAAAAGAUCACAUGAUGGUUACCAUAGCAACCGACGACGAUGACGUCUCGACGAGUUCGACUGACGUCGAGACGUCCAAGGACGAUAACUCGCGGCGUCAAAAGAAGGGCUACAAGCACGUGCAGAAGACAAAGAGCAGCAGGAUGAAAUCAAAGAGCUCAGGUCCCUACGUGCCCCUGCCUCUAGCAGACGACCAAACACGGAAAAAACCGGCUACCGGUGAGACAAAAACGCGCUCAAAAAGCGGGCGUGAUGCGAAACACGAGACGAUCUCUCCGGGAACAGCCGCGCUCUCCACCGUGGAGGCCGUGGGGUCCUACAGUGUCGCCUACCAGGGAAGCUCCACCCACUAUCUGACCCCCACCCACACGGGCGACAACCUCGUCGAUGUGGCGUACGGCACCGUACCGGAACUGCCGCUACUCCAGCCACCGGAUGUCCGCUCCACCGAGGCGUGGAACACCCUGAACGAGGUCAUCAAGUGCGAGCCGCGAGACAGCCUGGACGAGGAUGACGAGGGGGACAACCCCAGCCCGACCCCCCACACACAGCCCCCCGCGCCCCCCGACACCGCCGCCCUGGAGGCAGCCACGCCCACCGUGGGCACGGACUUCCCGGCGGAGAGUUGGCCCGAGGACACAUGUGAGCGGUCGGUCUGUGCUACAGCCGGCCAGAGACUCGCCCACCAGUACGAGGUUCUAGCCCAGGCCGAGCAGACCAUCAGCAAUCACCUGGAUCACGCCAGCGGCUCCCCCAGGGACAACGGCUACCUGGCCGACACGGAGAACAUUUUCUACUGCACCACCUUCAGCAAGGCCAGUAAUUCGUUACAUCGCCAGCCCUCGUCACGUGAUGAUGUGGCUCAUCUAAGCGGCGAUCUCUCAUCGCAGAGGUCAACGCCCUCCCAUUCGGAUGAUGAAUCGACCACCAGCGCCGGCUUGUCGGAGCGGAUGAGAACAAUGAUGCCGGCGGCACUCAGUCUCUUCAGGAUCCGCCAGAGUAAAGUAGUCCAGCGCGCCGUCCAUCUGACCUACUUCCUCACUUUUCUCUUCAUGUUCGCUUGUCUGCUGCAGCUCUACACGGUCUUUGGGGUCUAUGGGGUCCUCGGCACGAUCCCUAGACCCGACCCCUGGCCCUGGCUCAUAUUUCAUACCAUAUUUCGGGCCACGGAGUUCUCUAUCGGCCUGACGACAGCUUUCAUCGCCUUCUUCAGCCUCAACCACCGCCAUCAGCGGACCAGGAGACGGCUACAGCAGCAGCAGCAGGUAGACCACACCAGAGACUGUGUCGUCUGACAGCCACAUGUGGCGCUGGUGACAACCACAUGUGACGUUGGUGAC